AUGGAGCCAUCGCAAGGCGAGAUUCCCUUGACUACAGUUUCCUCACAGACACCUAUUAUUCAUACAACAAAUGCUUCUCAAACUGAGAUUCGUGUUGAAAAUAUAACCCAUUCAUGGACAGUUAAAAAUUUUUCACAUUGUUAUCAAGAAUAUUUAGAAAAUUUUGUUUACCUUCCUCAUGGUAAGGAACAUCUUCAAUGGAGUAUCAAAAUAUAUCCAAAAGGUAAUGGUGAAAAUAAUAAAGAUUUUGUAUUUUUAUGUUUGAAUCGGGUAUUAAAUAAUGGAAGUAAAAAUAAAAUUGGAUUUAGAUCACGUUUUACCUUAAAAAAUAAUGAAGGUAAAGAAAUUGAAAUGAGAAUUCAUCCUAAUCCAUCUCAUUCUGAUUAUGUUGCCUACAUUAAACGGGAUGUGUUGUUCCCACAAAUUUUACCUAAUGACAGUAUUAUUGUAUUUGUUGAAAUUAAUGUUGCUGUUGAGACAAUUACUACAACUCUCGAUGAUACAACAACUUUAUGUAACUGUGAAAAACAAUUAUGUGAUGAUUAUUUAAAACUUCUUGAUGGAACUUUAACUGAUUUUGUCAUUAAAGUUGGAUCACAAGAAAUUAGAACUCAUAAAGCUAUUCUAGCUGCUAGGUCUCCCGUAUUUGAAGCUAUGUUUUCUCAUCAGGAUACUAGUGAAUCAAAAUCGGGUAGUGUUGUUAUUGAGGACAUUGAAUAUGAUGUUUUUAAAGAAUUAGUUAUUUUUAUCUAUUCUGGUAAGAUAGCAACUAAUAAAAAAGAGUUGGCUGCUGAUCUUAUGAUUGCUGCUGACAAAUAUGGAUUAAUUGAACUUAGAAAUCACUGUGAAUUAUCGUUAAUAAAAAGUUUAUCAUGUGAAAAUGUAUGUCAAUUAUUGAUAUUGGCUGAUUUAUAUAAUGCUGAAAAAUUAAAAAAGAAUGCUGUAUCAUUAAUUCUACAACGUCCCACUGAAGUGACUCAUAGUUUGGGUUGGACGAAUGUUGUACGAGAACAUCCAGAACUUGUAACAGAUAUUGUUAGACAUUUUGAUAAAUCAACAAUAAAUACAACUAGCACAACAGAACCAUCAACGCCAACAAUAAAUUUAAAUGAUUUGUAA